CAGCAGUAGUAGUAGCAGUAGCAGCAGUAGUAGCAGUAGCAGUAGCAGCAGCAGCAUCCGAUUUAGAAAACACCUCAUCAGAGACGCACUGGCGAUCGAUCCGUUUGUAUUUGUAAGCGAAGACUCGAUGACCUACGUUAGUCACGGAGUUCCACAAGGUUCUGUGCUUGGACCACUUUGUUUACCAGAAUUGCGUCUCUUCUCUUGGCAGAUGAGGUUCUGUUGGCUCCUUCAGAACGGGACUAUGAAAGGGUCUUCCUUCCUAGGGAGUCCGGACUCUAUAGAUAGAUAUAUACUUUAUUCAUCCCCAAGGGGAAAUUUGUCGAACAGUAGCAGCACCAAUAAACUAAACACAAGAAUAAAAAAUAAAACAAGAUAAAAAACAGGGAUGAAAGAUAUUGAUAUAUACACGAAGUAUACCAAGUAAAAUAUAAAAUAAAAUAUAUAUGUAUAUAUACAACAUAUAUGCAUACACAAUACUAAUGACAAAUUAAAUUAAAUAUAAAAAUAUUAAAUAUAGACUGUGCAAAAUGCAAAGUGUGUGUAUGUGUGUCGUGUAAAUAAAUGAAAUGUGUGAAGUUCAGAUCAACAUAGCGUAAAUAUUAUGGUCUGGCAAGAGGUGAUCUGUUGUAGAGCCUCAUAGCCGCCGGCAGGUUCUCCUGUAUCUGUCCUUGUGGCAGCGUGAGGAGACGUCUGGAGAAAGUACUCCUCUGGCCCUGUAGGAGGUGGUGGAGAGGGUGGUCCGGGUGGUCCGGUAUGGACAGCAGUUUCUUCAACGUCCUCCUCUCCACCACCUGUUCCAGGUGCUCCAGCUGGCAGCCGAUGAUGGAGCCAGCCUUCCUCACCAGUCUGUUAGACGGCUGGUGUCACCGGCUCCGAUGCUGCUCCCCCAGCAGACAAUGGCAAAGUGCAGCACACUGGCCACGCCCACUGGGAGAACAUCUCCAGCAUCUUGCUGCACACGUUGAAGGAUCGAAGCUUCCUCAGGAAAAAGAGUUGACUCCUCCCCUUCUUGAACACAGCGUUGAUGUUGGCCUUCCAGUUCAGUCGAUGGAGACGCCCAGGUACUGGUCCUCCUCCACCAUGUACCUGUCCUCUUCCAUCAGGUACUGGUCCUCCUCCACCAUGUACCUGUCCUCUUCCAUCAGGUACUGGUCCUCCUCCACCAGGUACUGGUCCUCCUCCACCAUGUCCACGUCCACUCCCAGGACACUCAGAGGGGGAGGAGCUGUCGCCUUCCUCCUGAAGUCCACCACCAUCUCUCUGGUCUUGGCCACGUUCAGCCGAAGGUGGUUCUCAUCGGCCCACUUUACAAAGUCCCUCACCACUGCCCUGUCCUCCUCCUCCCGUCCAUCCCUAAUACACCCGACCACUGCAGAGUCAUCAGAGUACUUCUGCAGAUGGCAUGACUCCGUGUUGUACUGGAAGUCACUGGUGUACAGGGUGAAGAGGAAGGGAGACAGAACAGUUCCCUGUGGGCUCCAGCAUCACUGACCCCUGUUCAGCACACGGCCCAUUCUGACAAACUGUGGCCUGUGAGGUCGUCAGUGAUCCAGGAGAUGGUGGACGCAUCCAUACCAACCACCCGCAGCUUCUCACUCAGCAGCAGUGGCUGGAUGGUGUUCAAUGCACUGGAGAAGUCAAAGAAAGUGACUCUCACAGAGACACCGGUUCCAUCCAGGUGCGACUGAGCUCGUUGCAGCAGGUAGAUGAUGGCGUCGUCCACUCCCACAUGAGGCCGGUAAGCAGAUUGCAGAGGGUCCAACGACGAUUUCACCUGCGGCCGGAGGUGGGCCAAGACCAGCCUCUCCAGCACCUUCAUCACAUGGGAGGUGAGGGCGACCGGUCGGUAGUCAUUGAGCCUCUAUGACAGUCUGACAGUAUCCCUGAACCGACAGCUAUAACCAUACCUGCAAACUCAUGAGGGGUGAAAAAGGUGACAACGGGGUGGGGGUCCUCUGCUCUGACUAAGUCAGUGCCCACAAACCCUUCUAAUAAGAAUAUAAUAGUUUGUAUAUAUAUAUACAGGACUGUCUCAGAAAAUUAGAAUAUUGUGAUAAAGUUCUUUAUUUUCUGUAAUGCAAUUAAAAAAACAAAAAUGUCA